AUGGAUCUGGAGCAGCUUGUAUCAAGAGUCACGCUAGACGUGGUGCUUCCCUCCGCCUCUGCACCCGAACAACUAAGGGAAACUGUAUUCUACGAUGAGAACCUGAGCUUCAGCGCCGUGCUCUCCAUCCCUUCGCCACCCGACGCAUCGCCGCCAGCCGAAGUUCUGCAACUAUUAACGCACGCGCACCUGUCCUACGACAUUGCUUACAUCUCUCCGCUGUCCCAUGCCCCACCGCCGUCGAUUCGACUGGGUGCGCCGCCGAAGCAACGCGCGCAAGGCCUGGCGAUUGUGCCUCCAGCGACGCCAAACCCGAUGCCGGCCAGCCAGGAACACGACAGGCGCUACGUCCGGACCGAGGGUACCCAUCUCCUAUCCGGCGCCUUCACGAGUGGAGAGUUCAGUCUGGAAUACGAUGGGGAGAAAGGGUGCUGGAAGGCGACGUACGGACUACGGGCGACACUAUCGUACAUCCCCACGCCCUACACCUCCCCGCUGCUCUCCAUCACAGCGCACUUGACCGUCCGUCCCACGCCUCGACCGCUAUCGGCAUUACCCGAUGCUCUGCGCGCUCUGCUGUCUGCCGAUCCUGCCGAGCCAGAGACGCCAGCUACGGCCGAAGCCGCACCUUUCGGGCGCUUCUUUUCGGGUCUCGAAGAGGUCAACUUGCUCGGCGGUCUCAGCGCGAGCACAGCCGAUGAUCUAGACGCCGGCGUGCUCGCUCUCCCCACCACGCGACUGGGCGCUUCCGCGCGCGCUAACGAGUUUGCGCUGCGCCCGUUGCGGAAGGACGAGGACAAAGAGGAGGCCGAGCAGCUGUUGCGCGCUAAACCCACGGUCAAGAAGAGCUUCAGGCGCACGGUCAAUAUCGCGAAUGCUGUCCGCGUCAGGAUGCGCACUGUGUUCGUGCCCCACUCGUUGCUUCCACUCGCCGGCUCCAAGGAGGCUUCUGGCAACGACGAUGUGUCGGAUGGCGCGAGUGAGCGCGCGAUUGUACUUUGCGUAGAAGUUGAACACGCGCCUGAAGCUGGCGCCGCCGGGUCUGACUUUGAACUUCUGGACGUCCGCGUAGAGGUGGCUUCGGCUGCAUCUCUUCCCGGUGCACCUUCUGGCGGCGAAGCACGCGCAGAGCUCAUUGGGUCUACUCCCUUCCCGAUACGCCUCGGUGACGGCGCGCAACAUAAUCUGCUCUAUGCUGUGUCGCUUCUCAAUUUACCGGCUGGCUCUCUGGAUGUCCUAUCAGGCGAUGCGGACGUGCCGCCGCAUAAAGUCGGCAUCUACGUCUCCGGCCGACCAGUAUCUAUAUCCAGUGAUGACGACGACGGAGCGGAGGUUCAUCCCACAGCAGAGUUCACCUCACGCUGGAACACGACCCUCGCCAUCUCAUCCUCAUCCGCCUCAGCGCAUAACUCCCUUCCACCCGCACAACGCCAAACACAACGCGAAGCCCUUCCCGAACCACCCUCACCCUUCCCCGCCCCUCGCACAGCAACAUCAGCCACAUUCGCCUCCGCCGGCCAGAUCACAGCCAAAGCACCUACACUCCUCUCGGCCGUAGCAUCGCGCAGGCAAUCGGCGCCUACACCCAGCAAUACGUCCACGCUGGGUCUACCCCAACCGCAUCAGCCGCGCCCGGCGCCACACCGCGCGAGCACCGGCCCGGGUCUUCCGACGUUGAAUGAACGACCUUCGACAGACGGCUACUUCCCCUCCGCGCCGACCUCACCAUCGCGUUCGGGCGCCGUAACGCCUCUAGGCGAUAAACGCGCCUACACGCCUACACCACCCUCCGUGGCCGUAGCAGCAUACGCGCGCACCCCGCUCACCGCAUCAUUCCCCUCCUUCGCGCACGCCCAGUCUCAAGCCGGACUGGGACUAGGAAUGGGCACACUCCGCACGACAUUUGGUCCUCCACCACCUACACCUCUCUCAGCUGCUCACGGCAUGAUCCCACCUCCAGCACCGAUAUUCCCAGACGGGGACGAUCAGUUUAUAUCGACAGAGUUCGGAUUGAGCAGUCCGCCGCCUGGAGUCGGGUUUGCGAAUAUGCCGACUACACCGGCGUAUCCUGCUUAUGGUGCUAGCACGCCUGGGCUGGCGUCUGGAGGAGUCACGCCGGUGGGAGGGGCGAGGAUCGGGCCGAGUGUGGAUGUCGUGCGCGGGGGGACGCCCGGGGGUGCUGCGGUCAAUCUGGGAGGGAAGGAGGAGGUGCCGGAGCAGAGGGCUGUGGUGGUUUCUGUUGCUGUUGUUGUGGAGGAUGAGGACGAGGGUUAUGCUUCUGCGUCUUCGUCACUGAAGGAGGGAGAGGUGGAGAAGAAGCAGAAGAGGUUGUACCCGCAUCAGCGAUUCACGCUUGACGUGCUUGUUGCGAACCGUUCCGAUACGGUACGCAGGCUGGAAGUGAGCGUCCCGCCGCGUCCAAGACGAAGAGAGGUGCAAGGGAAAGAUGUGGAGCAGCCCGGAAUUGUGCCCUUGGAUAACCGCGUGCGAGUAGGACCGUUGAGACCUGGCGCGGUGCAAUCCACCACGCUCUCUUUCCGCGCGCUCAAGCCGGGAAUGCAUAACCUCGACGCGUUGAUAUUGGCAGACGUGGAGACGGGCGCGGUCGUCGUGUGUAGGAAGGUCUGCACGGUCUACGUGUGGGAACGGCCGCCUGGUGCGGCUGGUGGAGAUGGUGAUGAGGAGGAGGAAGAGACUAUGGGAGACGAUCAGGCGGAUGAAGCUUUGCAAGAUGUUGCCUUGUAG